AUGACGGAACCUAUGUGGUCACACGAUCAGCCUUCACCAAAACCAUUGGCUAAUUCCCAUCGCCAAAGGUGUAGGAGCGUAUUUAAGUUACUGGUCCAGAGAGAGAUUUCACCUAAAACGAAGUUUGUGCCAAGGAAACGAUGGGGAGUUAACCAAUGCGGUGCUGAUUCUUCGUGUGGAACGAGUAGCGAACCAGUGAGCGAGCGGGGACAUAAUCUUAUUUCAUGGGUUGAGGCAGAGUCAUUACUUCAUUUAUCUGCUAAGUACUGUCCUCUUGUGCCUCCUCCGAGGUCAACUAUUGCAGCAGCUUUUAGUUCUGAUGGAAGAACUCUUGCUUCUACACAUGGUGACCACACUGUAAAGAUUAUUGAUUGUGAGACAGGAAAAUGUUUAAAAGUUCUGAGCGGCCAUCGAAGGACACCCUGGGUGGUCAGAUUUCACCCGCGCCACUCAGAAAUAAUUGCUAGUGGAAGUUUAGAUCAUGAGGUGCGCCUAUGGAAUGCAAAAACUCCGGAGUGUAUUAGAUCUCAUGAUUUCUACAAACCUAUUGCUUCUAUAGCUUUCCACGCUGAAGGUGAUUUACUUGCUGUGGCAUCUGGUCAUAAGUUGCACAUAUGGCAAUACAAUAAGUUAGGGGAGGACUCAUCGCCAGCAAUUGUGUUGAAGACAAGACGUUCCCUGAGAGCUGUACACUUCCAUCCACAUGGGGUUCCUCUUCUCUUGACAGCAGAGGUGACUGACAUUGAUUCAUCAGACUCCGCAAUGACUCGAGCAACAUCUCCUGGUUAUCUGCGAUAUCCGCCCCCUGCUAUUUUCUUCACCAACACGCAGGGUGGCAGUCGGACUACUAUGGCAGCUGAACUGCCACUUGUGCCAUUACCUUACUUGGUUUUGCCUUCAUAUUCUGCUGAUGAUCCAAGAAUCCAACAUUCAACUGGUCCAAGGAAUGCACAAUCUAGGUUUCAGAUUCACCAAAGUCCCGUAGAACAGGGCAGCAGAACCAUGUCUCCUCCUACUCUUCCCUUGUCUAUGUCCGGUGAUCUUGCACGUUCUCCAGUAAACUCUGCGAGCAGUAUGUUAGCUGCCCAAGCGGGAGCUAGAACUUCGACCACUGCAGUUGAUGCAAUGGAUAUAGAUGAAGCUCAACCUAUUGGAAGAAAUAGAGUUCCCAGUCAAGUUUUAAGUCAACCAGAUUCACUUGAGUUUGGGCAACUUCAGCAGUUGGCUCACCUCAGAGACAGAGGUUCGUGGGAGAUACCUUUUCUACAAGGGUGGUUGAUGGCUCAGAGCCAGGCUGGUGCUAGUGGGAGUAGUGGUCAUGCCAGCUCAACUCCUCAUACAGGUUCUUCAGCGCCUCAUUCAGCCACAGCCAGUCUAGAGGCUGCAGUAGCGUCAUUAGAAAUUCCUGGUGGUGUUAACUUAUAUGGGGUUUCUGCAAGAGGCGACUCCCGGGACCGAGUUUCACAGUCCCGGUUCGCAGGAUCUGGUUUAGCAGAAGGUAUUCCCUCUCGUAACACUCAACAGCAAGGAACUGAUGCUCAACCUGUGGUAAACAGAAUCCCCUCUGAACUAGCUUCUUCGAUUGCUGCUGCAGAGUUGCCUUGUACUGUCAAACUGAGAGUGUGGUCACAUGACAUCAAAGACCCGUGUGCAAUACUCAAGUCUGACAAAUGUCGAUUGACAAUACAUCAUGCUGUUCUUUGCAGUGAAAUGGGAGCCCAUUUCUCGCCAUGUGGGAGAUAUUUAGCAGCCUGUGUUGCGUGUGUUGUCCCUCAUGCUGAGACAGAUCCUGGUUUGCAGACUCUUGUCCAACAAGAUUCAGGGCUUGCAACUUCCCCUACUCGACAUCCUGUCACAGCACAUCAAGUCAUGUAUGAACUUCGUGUGUAUUCUCUCGAAAAGGAAACAUUUGGUUCAGUACUUGUGUCAAGGGCAAUUAGGGCUGCACAUUGCUUGACCUCUAUCCAGUUCUCACCAACCUCCGAGCACAUAUUGCUGGCAUAUGGUCGGCGUCAUGGUUCUCUUUUGAAGAGCAUUGUGAGUGAUGGAGAAACAACAUCACAUUUUUUCACAGUGUUGGAGAUUUACAGAGUUUCAGAUAUGGAACUGGUGAGAGUACUACCUAGCUCAGAGGAUGAAGUUAAUGUUGCUUCCUUUCAUCCUUCACCUGGAGGGGGUCUUGUUUAUGGAACGAAGGAGGGGAAGCUUAGGAUCUUCCGGUACAACACAGCUGUUGCGUCCAACCUCACUGCACCAAACAGCUCACCUGAGAAGAACUUGGCCGAGGUAGAGUUACUGAGAAGGUUGAUUGAUCUUCUUGUAAUAAUCAAAGUUAAAAAGAGUUUGAAAAGUAAGUAA